UGUGAAGUAUAAUUUCCAUGGAGGGGUAAUUAGUAGAUUCCUUAAUUAAAUUAGGAAACUUUUAUUAUGCUACUAGUAUGAGUAGUCUUACUGCACGAUUCACUGAGAUUUGACACUACGAUGUUGGAUUCUUGGAAUAUGUAAAACUGUAGGGAGAUUGAACUGCCCUUAGGAGUAUUUGGGGUUGUUGUUUGACAUUUUGUUGCAAUAAAGUAUCAGUAGAUUUUUGUUAGUUGGAUUGGCAAUGGAAAAUGGUAUUGGUUUUUGGGCAUCUCCAAGGUGUUCAUAUAUAGAUGACAAUGUUAUGGAGAUUAUGAAUCUUGAUACAUAUUCUGGGAUAGAGCAAAUUUUUGCUUCUUAUCCAACAUUUUCGCCUAUUAAUCCAAUGUCCAUUAAUUAUGCACCAUUUGAAGAACAGAAUACUGAAACUUUUCCAUGUGAAGGGGAAAAUUUGAUGUUUCAGCAGAAUGAUGACCAGUUUUGUUUCGUAGACUCUAGUGAAGAGGCUGAUUUGGUUGAUGAAACGGGGAAGAAUUCGAGCAAACAGAAUUAUGUUACUGAUCUUGUUGAGAAAUGUGUAAUUCCAAAAUCACCUUGUCAAUCACUUGAUGAGAGAAUGCUCAAGGCAUUAGAAUUGUUUAAAAAAUCAUCUGGUGAGGGAAUCUUGGCUCAGGUUUGGGUUCCGAUGAAGAGUGGUGAUCAGUACAUUUUAAGCACAUAUGAACAGCCAUUUCUACUUGAUCAGGUGUUAUCUGGAUAUCGAGAGGUGUCGAGGAAAUUCACUUUUGAUUUGGAAAUGAAACCAGGAUCAUGUCCAGGUCUUCCUGGUAGAGUUUUUACUUCAAGAAUACCGGAGUGGACAUCAAAUGUUUUGUACUACAAGGAGGCUGAGUAUUUACGCGUACAAUAUGCAGUUGACCAUGAAGUCCGUGGAUCGAUUGCUUUACCGAUUCUAGAGGAUGAUGGACAUGAUACACUGUGUUGUGCAGUAUUAGAAUUAGUCACUGUGAAGGAGAAACCAAAUUUUGAUUUGGAAACAAGUCAUGUUUGCCAGGCUCUGCAGGCAGUAAACUUAAGGAGCACAACACCUCCUCAAUUUUCUUCCCAGAGUCUCUCCAAGAAUCAAAGAGCUGCUUUAGCUGAGGUAAAAGAUGUUCUGCGAGCAGUUUGCCAUGCUCAUAGACUGCCUCUUGCUUUGACAUGGAUUCCCCGUAGUUGUAGAGGAGGUGGUGGUGAAAUAAGAGCGCAUGCUAGAGAAAGCAUUACAAGCUUAGAUGAAAAAAGUGUAUUAUGUGUUGAGAAUACAGCUUGUUAUGUGAGUGACAAGGAGAUGCAAGGAUUUCUUCAUGCAUGUAUGGGACAUGAUCUCGAAGAAGGACAAGGUAUUGUUGGGAAAUCCCUCCAAUCAAACCACCCCUUCUUCUACCCUGAUGUGAAAGAGUACCAUAUAAAUGAGUAUCCACUUGUUCAUCAUGCACGGAAGUUUGGUCUAAAUGCUGCAGUGGCUAUCAGAUUACGUAGUAUACUCACCGGUGAUGAUGAUUAUGUAUUAGAGUUCUUUCUUCCUGUCGAUAUGGAGGGAAGCACCGAACAACAGCUUCUCUUAAAUAACCUCUCACGCACCAUGCAGAGAAUUUGCAGAAGUCUGAGAACACUAUCAGAUGCAGAAUUAGUUGGAGAAGGGGGUGAGAAGUGUGGGUUACAGAGUGAAUCUGUUCUGAAUUUACCGCCAAUUGACUUGUCAAGGAAGAGUUCUGGGCAAUCAUUAUUAGACAGCACUUUAGAUUUGAGUAAAGCUCCUAUAGAUGUAUGUGAUUCAGAGAGAGCUGGAAUAGAAGCUAAUAUUUCUCACAAACAGACACCAAGUGUAUCAAGAAAACGGACAGAGAAAAAAAGAAGCGCAGCAGAGAAACAUGUCAGCUUGAGUGUUCUUCAGCAACACUUCUCUGGAAGCCUCAAGAAUGCUGCACAAAGCAUUGGUGUGUGUCCAACUACAUUGAAAAGGAUAUGUCGGCAAUAUGGGAUCACAAGAUGGCCAUCCCGGAAGAUAAGUAAAGUGAAUCGUUCUUUAGUAAAGAUACGGACAGUGCUUCAAUCAGUCCAAGGGUUAGAAGGAGGACUGAAGUUUGAUACAGUCACUGGAGGUUUAGUUGCAGCAACAUCUAUCCUUCAAGAUUUCGACUCUCAGAAAAGAACACUCUUUCCCUGCAAAGAUGUCUCAAUAGAAAGUUCUGAAUUCCUUUUCCAAGAUGCUGUGUCUGCGCUCCAAACUUCAUGCGUUGACAACCACGACUCUCUGGUGAAAAUGGAAGAGGACUUGAAUGUGGAUGGAAACCAACUACCAGAGUCGAGUAAUUUCAGUCCUAGCUCUUUCAGGGUUGGGGAUAAACCAAAUAGUUCAUUGUCUGGAGUUUGUCAUGGCUCCAAAUUGGCUGCAUUAGAUAGAAGGUCAUCCUUGCCUGCAAAUCCAGACACAGUGCCAUGCACCAGUUCUGUAAAUGUGUCACUGGAUUCUUUCCAUACAAAAGGAGGAUGGGGGAGCUGUGGUUUGAACACAAGCAACUUAAAGUUGGACAAUUCUGGUUGCCAUUUCAUCAGCCGAUGCCCUGAUUCCAUGGCUAAUACUGAUGAUAUUGAGAAGAAGAUGAAAGGAAGUAUAGAAAUGGAUGGAGAUGAUGGUGUUAUGGAACAUAACAAGGUGAGUUCUUCAGGUGUGACAGAUUCGUCAAAUACGUCCCUGUCAACGAUGAAUGGAAGUUCGUCUAGCUCCCGUAGUUCUGGUGAGAGAAAACAUACAACAGUUGAGGAUGGUGGCUCACAAAUCACCGUAAAAGCUAGUUACAUGGAAGAUAAAAUCCGAUUUAAAUUUGAGCCUUCAGCAAGGUGCUUCCAACUCUAUGAAGAGGUUGCAAAGAGGUUCAAACUGCAGAUAGGGACGUUCCAUCUCCACUAUCUUGAUGAUGAAGAGGAAUGGGUGAUGUUGGUAAAUGAUGCAGACUUGAACGAGUGUUUGGAAAUACUCGACAUUCUUGGAACCCGUAAUGUAAAAUUUCUCGUUCAAGACGUGUCAUGCACUGUAGGUAGCUCAGGCAGCAGUAAUUGCUUUUUGACAAAUGGCUCUUAGUUAUCCAGCACGGAAAUGCUUCUUGUGUUGUAUAUUUCUGGGCAGGAAUUCGAGGAUUUCACGUAUACAUGGAUUGGACUCAUAGAAGAACAAAAUCAGUUGAAAUUUUGUGAAAGAUUCCGGUGAAAAGUUUUCAUUAACACGGAAUUUGUGUCGAAUAGACCUUCCUUGAGUCCUGUCAUGAUUCACACUCGACAAAAGAGCCUUACAAGUGGCAUUGCCCUUCUUCAUGCAUGCAAUAUUGCUGGAUCGGGCUUAAUCUGCUAUCAGUGUACUGUAUAUGUCAGAGAUUGAUUGUAAAAGGUUACAACAGUUUAAGGCACUAGAUCGCAAGUGCCUCAACUGGUAAAAAUGCAGUUAAUGUUGUAAGGUAAUGGUUGAAGUUGUAAAAGUUGUUUCAGUAAGGCAAAGUCCUCAUAUUCUUGAGGCACUACUGGUAAACCCCCAAUCUUUUCCUCCUCGUUUAAUAUCUCAUUGAAGUCCCCGCCCACUAGCCAAGGCAAGGACAUUGUGUUGACCAGUUGAUCGAUAUUGUCCCAAAGCCUCAAACUUUCACAGUCGGAACAUGUAGCAUACAUCAAAGUGGUAAAAGAGUACAUAUUGCAUUCCUAUAAAAACAGUUUCAAUGUGAUUUGUCGAGAUGUAUCCAUAACUACUUCAACCUCCACAAAGAAACUUUUUUUUUUCCAUUGCAA